UAAACGGUGCAGUAUUAACCUUCCGAUAGAAACGUAAAAGGAACCAAUAGUUUUAUUUAUCAGUUGGAGAUCUUCUUGUGGAACUCCCAGCGAGCGAGAGAGAUGGGAGACGAAAAGGUGAAGGCAGAGGCUCUGCAGAUAAUAGGGAUGUUCCAAGUCCUUCCCAGACUGGUCGUCUUCGAUCUCGAUUAUACUCUCUGGCCUUUUUACUGUGAAUGUCGCUCCAAACGUGAAAUGCCAUCUCUGUAUCCCCAUGUUAAAGGCAUAUUACAUGCCUUCAAGGAAAAGGGGAUUGAUAUGGCCAUUGCUUCCAGGUCGCCUACUGCAGAUAUAGCAAAAACAUUUAUUGAAAAGUUGAGCAUCAAUUCAAUGUUUGUAGCCCAGGAGAUAUUUUCCAGUUGGACACAUAAGACGGAUCAUUUUCAGAGAAUUCAUUCUAGGACAGGGGUUCCUUUCAACUCUAUGCUAUUUUUUGAUGAUGAAGAUAGGAACAUCCAAGCGGUUUCGAAAAUGGGGGUAACAAGCAUUUUGGUGGGUAAUGGGGUGAAUCUCGGAGCAUUGAGGCAGGGGUUGACAGAAUAUUCCCAAAAUGUGAACAAGAUUGAGAAGAACAAGCAGAGAUGGCGCACAAAAUUCUCCAAAAGUGCUAGUUCAACCGAGGAAAAUGAUCAGAAAUGAACAACUAGAGAUGUUGAAUUUUAUACCAUCAUUUAAGACAUUGAAAUUUGAAAUUGUUCCCUAUAUUUUUGGGGAGUAUUUUAGACAACUACAUUGAGAUUAUGAUUAAUGAUUUGUUGUACCAAUUAUGCAAGUGAAUGCUUUCUAGAUUGAUUCACAGUGUAGCUAAUGAGUUAAAAAUAGGUAUAGAAAAUAUCUUAAUGAUCCUCAUUUUAUAACUUACUAUUUCUCUAUUGAAAUACAUCAUGAUUUGUUGUAUCAA